AUUCAAUUCCAACGAGUCCGCCAUCCAGUGUGGAACGGAUUUCGCUGCCCCGGUUCGAACAUGAUCGAGUAGUGGAGAGAUCACAUCUCAUUUUUCAUUCUACUGCCGCUGUCUACUAGCGCCGACUCUGCUGCUUUCGCGCUCGCGAUCGUGUGCCUGCGUGUUCGCGUUCAGGUGUUCCUGUGUGCGUGUGUGUGUGUGUGCGUGUGCAUGUCUGUAUGUGUACCUGUUCGUGUGUAGUGUGUGUGGCUGUGUGUGAGCGUGUGUUUAUGUGUGAUCUCCGAAGAUCUUCGCGCUAGUCUGUCUCUACACAUACAGACGAUCUUCGCAACUGAAGCCUCUGGAAAGGCCGCGGAAUCUUUUUAGUGAAGUGAAACUGUUCAGCAUAUUAAAUCUCUCGCCGUUGUGUACACACACACACAGUUUCUUUUUCUUUUUUGUUUGUCGCCGUCGCUUUGUCGUCGUUUGUGUAUUAGAAAAACUGUUUUAAAUUAACCUCCAUCGAGUCUUCAAUUGGCCAGGACACUAACGAUCAACAAAGAUGGCUGUGUUUGGACUCGUCUCAGCUGUGGCUGGGUUCGUGAAGGUGCGCUACCUACAGGAUAAGGCCAUCAUCGAUAAUAUGGUGUUCCGGUGCCACUAUCGCAUUACCAGUGCGAUCCUCUUUGCCUGCUGCAUUAUCGUCACAGCGAACAAUUUGAUCGGCGAUCCGAUAUCCUGCAUUAACGACGGAGCCGUACCCGGGCAUGUGAUUAACACCUAUUGCUGGAUUACGUACACGUUUACCCUGCCCGGUCAGCACGGACGCACGAUGGGCACGGAAGUGGCCCAUUCCGGACUGGGCAACGACAACCAGGAACGAACGUACCACAGCUACUACCAGUGGGUACCGUUCAUGCUGUUCUUCCAGGGUCUUCUGUUCUAUGUGCCGCACUGGAUCUGGAAAAACUGGGAAGAGGGCCGCAUGCGUAUGAUCACCGAAGGUAUGCGAGGAGUUUCGACCGCCAGUCCGGCGGAGCGUAAGGCACGCCAUGAACGUUUGGCUCAAUACUUGUACGACAGUGCCAACACACACAACACAUACUCGUUUGGAUAUUUCAUCUGUGAAGCGCUCAAUUUUAUCAAUGUGGUGGGCAAUAUUUUCUUCGUCGAUAAGUUUUUGGGCGGUGCUUUCUUGACCUACGGUUCCGAUGUGCUAAGAUUCUCGAAUAUGAACCAAGAAAAUCGUUCUGAUCCCAUGAUUGAGAUUUUCCCGCGAGUGACUAAGUGUACGUUCCACAAGUAUGGUGCCUCGGGAAGCAUCCAAAAGCACGACGCGCUCUGUGUGCUGGCGCUUAACAUUUUGAAUGAAAAGAUUUACAUUUUCCUGUGGUUCUGGUUCAUUAUAUUGGCGGUCGCUUCGGGUUUGGCUAUCAUCUACUCGGCCGCCAUCGUCAUGAUGCCCACGACGCGAGAAGCCGUACUUAGACGUCGCUUCCGCAAGGCAGACCCGGUUGACGUUUGCAAUCUUAUUCGCCGCGUGCAGAUCGGCGAUUUUCUCAUGAUUCAUCUGCUUGGCCAAAAUCUCAACGUUACCUCGUACGGUGAGAUGCUGCACACCUUUAUCAACAUGCUGGACGAAAGCCGACCAAUCUCGGGCGAUACACCUUCGGCCCCGUCGACGCUGGAAAUGGCACCAAUGUAUCCGGCGAUCGAGAAAUACGACAAGGAAAAGGAGGUAUUGCAUCAGGACUACGAAGCUUAAAUAAUGUCUGCCUCCCGAAGCGCGUGUGCAAACGUGAUCAGAAAUUUACGCUCUAGCCGCGUACGCGCGUUCGACGUUGAAGCAGUUGGGUAGUUUAAGACGAACGAAAACAAUCAACCUACUUCUCAAUUUUAAAUUACAAAUAAUCAUCCUAAACCCGGCAUAAGGUUAAACUAAGCUGUGGAAAUGAAUGGUCAACGAAAGUUUGGAGUCAACAGUUUGUCCGAUUCAUUACCGUGGCGAAAGUAGCGUUUGUAUUAAAAGUAAUAAUUAGACGGCGAAAUUAAAAAAAAAACGCAUUUUAAAAUGUUAUAUCGGAAUGGCGAAUAAUUCUCCAUGGAGGAAUAUUCCUCCUGCCGAUAGACAUAAUGUAGUAGAAAAAGCAACAGAAGACUGUCAUGUGGUGUCCUACGUGUUUUAAAUUAGUAUUCAGUUGCGCAUUUCAGCGGAUUGCGCAGGGAUAACUUUUAUUUUAUCAAUUUUUUAACAAAAUUUUUGAGCAACGUCCAAAUUGUAGCAUUUUUUGCAAUUGUAAGGAAUAAAGCGGAAUAUGAACAAAAAACAACAAUAAGAAGUGAAUCUCUCGUUCUUGGCAAGAUUCGUUCGCGCUUAUCGGAUCGAAUCGAAAACAUUGCAAACAUUAUUUGAAAGGGACAUAAUUAAUCCUUCAUCAAAUGCCAUAGUAUAAAAAACAACCGUAUUCGCAUAUCGUAAGCCGUAAAAGACCGUACACGUUCACACAGCAUUCACACAGUAGGCCCUAAUGUUACGUACAGCAAUAAGAAUAUGCAAAAUUCAAAAAUAAUCAUUGUAAACGUAAGAUCAUUUUAUCAUAAUGGCACUCAAAACAUAGGAUUUAGAACACUUUUAUCUCAUGAGAAAGCAACGGAAACAAACUGCCUUACAAUAAAUGCAUAAGCAUUGUUAACAAUUCACCUCAAAAAGCUGUAAAGCUUCGUGCUCGACAAAAUAUCGCCAUUUAAUUACGAUCAAACUAAGUACAGAAAUGAUAAACCAACCUACUUGCAUGUUUAGAGCAUCAUUGUUCAUUUCCUAGUUUUGAUGCAAUACGAACUCAGAUGCGAUUCUUUCUGAACGUAUGGAUAAGGAACGAGGUGUGUUACAUUCCGUACUUCUAGUGUACCUUCUGCCAAGGAAAAGUUAAACGAAAACAAACUCCUCGCCUGACCAAUCUCGACGACACUGUAAAGGCAGCAUUGACAAAAAAAAACAAACAAAUACGUUUAGGACUCGUUUUAGAUAGUUUACGUCAGUCAAAAGUACAGCCAGUUUGCUGUAGCGAAAAUUAAACAUUUUAACGUAGCAUAUGGUCGCUAAUAUACACACGAAAACGUAAGCAAUAAUAUACGGUUAAAUUUUUUUUGACAAAAACAAUAUAUACAUAUUAUAUGCUUGCCGAUGUGUGGGUCGGUUGAACGAAUCAUCAUCAUCUGAACUCGAAGAUGUAAUGAUAUGAGGAUAUGCAGGACACAACAAGAAACGAGAAACGAGGAAGGGUCAAGAGUGAACGCAAACAUGUUUGCGGACUCUAAUUGUGAUUACAUUGAUAAAAUUAAGUGGAAAACUAAUAAAGCUUAUCUAGGUUUUGAAUA